AUGGCCGCGCCCCCUCAGCCAAUCAUUGUCCUGGAUGACGACGAGGGAGCGAGGCCCCGCCCCCUCCCCACCAGGCCCCUCCCCUUCCCCAAGCCCCGCCCCAAGUCCAGCCCCUCCCCCACCGCCCGGCAUGGCCACGCCCCCCCGAACGGGGCUGGGGGCGGGAGGGGCGGGGCCUUCUGGGAGGAGAACGAGCGGCUCUUCCAGCAGUUCCUGUCCGUGUGCGCGCCGCUGACGCAGGAGCACCCCGAGGUGCUGCCCUUCCUGAGCUCGCGCCACCUGCGCGCCCACCCCGACUUCCGGGGCUCGGCCGAGUUCCGGAACAUUCUGGGGCGGCUGCUGCGGCGCGUGCGGGGCCGGCGCCGCAAGGUCUACGUGUACAUCAACGAGCUCUGCACCGUGCUCAAGGCGCGGGCGCUGCGCCGCCCGCCUGCCCCUGCGCGCCCUGCCCGGCGCCCGCCCGUGUCCCCAUGGAACCUUCCAGAAUCCCCAUUGCUCAGCCCAGUGUCCCCAUUGCUCAGCCCAGUGUCCCCAUUGCUCAGCCCAGCACCCUGAUGGAACCUUCCAGAACCCGCCCAGUUCAUCCCCGUGCCCGCCCGGCUCGUCCCAGCACCCCGAGGGAGCGGAGCCAUCCCAGUGCGCCCCCAGUUCAUCCCAGUGUCCGGCUGGGGAUCCCUCCCCGUGUCCUGGGGGUCCAUCCCAGUGUCCCAGUGCCCCAUCCCAGUAUCCCAGUGCCCCAUCCCAGUGUCCCAGCGCUUCCUCCAGCGAUCCCAGUGCUCCCUCCCAGUAUCCCAAUGGUUCAUCCUGGUGCUCCAGCGCCUCAUCCCAGUAUCCCAAAACCUCCUCCCAGUAUCCCGGUGCCUCAUCCCAGCAUCCCAGCGCCUCCUCCCAGCAUCCCAGCGCCUCCUCCCAGUGUCCCAAUGCUUCAUCCCAGUAUCCUGGGGGUCCAUCCCAGUAUCCUGGGGGUCCACCCAGCAAUCCCAGUGCCUCAUCCCAGUGUCCCGAGGGUGCACCCAGCAAUCCCAAUGCUCCAUCCCAGCAUCCCAGCGCUCCAUCCCAGUAUCCCAGCGCUCCAUCCCAGUAUCCCAGCGCUCCAUCCCAGUACCCCAAUGCUCCAUCCCAGCAUCCUGGGGGUUCAUCCCAGCACCCCAGCGCUCCAUCCCAGCAUCCCGGCGCUCCAUCCCAGUAUCCCAGCGCUCCAUCCCAGUACCCCAGCGCCCAAUCCCAGCACCCCAGCACCCAAUCCCAGCACCCCGGCGCCCAGUCCCCAGCACCCCGGCGCCCAGUCCCAGCAGCCGGAGCCCGGCGGGGGGCCGUCGCGCGGGCGGCUCGCGGCGGCAGAUCCGGCACCUGGAGCACCUGCUGCGCGUCUACGCGGGCGAGAUCCGGCGGCUGCAGGAGCGCGAGCUGGACCUGGCCGAGCUGGACAGCGCCGACUCGCCGUACCUGCAGGAGAACCGCCUCAAGAGGAGGAUGAUGAGGAUCUUCCGCCGCCUGUGCCAGCUCAAGGACUGCAGCAGCCUGACGGGCAGGGUGCUGGAGCAGCGGAUCCGCUUCCGGGGCACGCGCUACCCCGAGGUGAACCGCAGCAUCGAGCGCUUCAUCAACCGGCCCGACGCCUUCCCCGACUACUCGGACAUCCUGCGCGAGAUCCGCGGCGCCAGCGCGCGGCACCGCCUGGGGCUGGGCCGGCGGCAGAUGGAGAACAUGGCCCAGGAGGCCUUCAGGGAGGUGGGGAACCGCCUGCAGGAGCGGCGCCACCUCGACCUCGUCUACAACUUCGGCAGCCACCUCACCGACGAGUACAGGCCAGGCACGGACCCGGCGCUGUCGGACCCCGAGCUGGCGCAGCGGCUGCGGCGGAACCGGCGCCUGGCCCUGGCCCGGCUGGACGACGUCAUCGCCCGGUUCGCACAGCGCCAGGAGCGGCACCGGGAGCGGGGGCGACGGCACCGGGAACCGCGCGGAGCGGAAACGGACACGGGGAAACAGGGUAAGCACAAAAACCGGGGAAAAACGGGGAAAAUGGGGAACAGAGACGGCACCGGGAACCGCGCGGAGCGGAAACGGACACGGGGAAACAGGAAAAAGAAAGAGGAAGAGGAGGAGGAGGAAGAGGAGGAGGAGGAAGAAGAAGAAGAGGAAGACGAGGAAGAGGAGGAGGAAGAUGAAGAAGAUGAGGAGGAAGAGGAGGAGGAGGAGGAAGAAGAGGAGGAGGAAGAGGAAGGAGAAUCCUCCGAGGCCGAAGGGCGGGUGAAGGUCAAGGAGGAGGAGGAGACGGAGGAGGAGGAGGAGGAGGAGGAGGAAGGAAGAGAAGCAACGGCAGCGGCACAGGGUGCGGCCGAUCCGGGGCUCCCGGCGCUGCCCCUCCCCCCCCCCGCGGCCGAGGGGGAGGGGCGGGGUCCCGAGGGGGGCGGUCCCGAGCCCCUCCCCCCCCCCAAGCCCGAGCUGUUCGUGCUGGAAAUCGAAACUUUCCCAUUGGAGCCCGGCGAGACCCCGCCCCCUUCCCCGCCCCCCUCCCCUCCCCCGGCCCUGGGCGGCUCCGAGGCCACGCCCAAAGCCACGCCCCCCUCCCCCCGAGGCCCCGCCCCUCCCCAAUUCCCGCCGGAUCUGGGCGGGGCUCGCAGGCGCCCCUCCCCCCCCUCCCCCCCCAGGCCCAUCAGCUCCACCUCCCUCAACGGGGGGGGAGGGGCGGGGGGAGGGGGGGGAGGGGCCGCGACCCCGCCCACCCCCAUCCAGGGACCCCCCCCCAGGAAACGGAACCGGACGGAGCCGGGAAGCCUGGCCCUGCCCGAGGGGGUCUCGGAGGUGGGGGAGGGGCCGGAUGUGGGGGGCGCCCCCCCCUCCCCCCUGCCCGACUCCACCCGCGCCGACUCCCCCGGGGGGGACCUGGUGAGCUCCUCCCAGGGGAGCCCCCCCGGGGGGGACCCCAAAACCUGCAAGACGAGCGUGGGAACCCAGUGCGACCCCGAGGAGAUCAUCGUGCUCUCGGACUCGGAUUAGCCCCGCCCAUCGCCUCUGGCCACGCCCCUUUGCGCUCAAACCCCGCCCCCUUUGCGCUCAAACUCCGCCCCUUCGGCUCCUCCCCCUCAAUAAACCCCGCCUUUUGUUUUA